AUGAUAUCCGAGUUCCUCACGCGCAACUUGCACAAAACAGUCGACUUUCUAUCGAAGGUCGGAAUAACAUCCGAUGAAGUCUCAAUAACAUUGUCCUCGAAGGAGUACCUUUCACUUACAUACCAGAACAUAAAGGAGUAUAAAAAGGCAUAUGUUUCUCUUCUCUGUAAGACCAGCCUACAGCAUCUAGAAGAGGUUGUUUUUUGCGCCUGUUGCUCCCAGAGAGUCAACUUCAUAAGAAACAUAAAUCUGCUUAUCCAUCUCAACAAACCUGUAGAAAUCCACUGGUGCGGAUGCGAAAAGGAUGAGUUCCUGCUUUACAUCGAGGGCAAGAUAAAAAAGGACCAUCGUAUCCUGUCGGAUGUUAUUGUAAUAAACCCGUGGUUUUGGGAGGCGUAUCUGGAUCUUGGAGAGCUUGCCACUCCAGAGAUUAUCGAAUCGAUCAGUAUUGUUGGAGGCUUAAGUGACUUCUUCUUCAUGCAUCUGUUCUGCACAAAGAUGAUCAAGAAGGCUUGGAGACCCACUGCAAUAUCAGAGGAUGAAAGGCGUGGAAGUAAAUGGAGAAAGUCUUCUGAUGGACUCUACAUCAACAUGAAAUACCCGAACCUGGCAGGAGCUGUUCUGUACCACCAAAAAGACUUUGAUGGAUGCAUUGAGGUAUUCGAGGAGAUUACGAGAAAUUCUCUGUACUACGACCUGGACUAUAUAGAUCUCUAUUCAAACGCCCUGUAUAUCAAAAACGACAGCAGGGUCGUUCUUCUUGCUGAAAACACUCUGAACAUAAACAAGUACAGGUCUGAAACCAUGUGCUGUAUAGCAAACUACUACUCCAUGAAGAAGGAGCAUGAGAAAGCUGUUGAAUACUUCAAGCUGAGCGUGAAGCUGAACCCCUCUUCCUCUAUAGUCCACACGCUCAUCGGCCAUGAGUACCUUGAAAUGAAGAGCAUGGAAAAGGCUGUGAGCUCCUAUAACACUGCUCUGAAGAUGUGUCCCAUGGACUACCGCGCCUGGUACAGCAUCGGGCAGGCCUAUGCUUCAAUGACUAUGCAUGAAUAUGCCCUUUUCUUCAUAAAGAAGGCUCUGGAGUGCAAGAGCAAUGACCCUAUUGUUUGGACAACCCUGGGGCAAUGCUACAUGAGCCUAAGCAAGAUGGAUGAUGCCAUUGGAUGCUUCAAGAACGUCAUAGAGCUAAACGACGCCGACGGGUAUCUGUACAUUGGGGAUGCCUAUAAGAACAUGAAAAUGUACACGGAGGCAGUUGUGUACUACGAAAAGUAUGUUGAGACCAGCAAGGACGACACUCGGAAGAUAUGCUUGUUUCUGGAAGAGUACUUCAAGAGAAUGUUUGACGACAAGCGGAGUUCCUACUAUGCAAACCUUGCCAACAAAUAA